GCAACUUGGCGGAGAGUUUUUGUGCUAGUACUUCGAGUUGUUGUGGUGGAGGUGGUACUCUGCGGCGGCAGGAUGGUGGCGGUGCGCACAUAUAUGAAGGUAGGGCAGCACCGCGGAUAUGAUAAAUGUAGCCUGACCCAUGUCUAAGUUGCUGAGGGGAAACCUACUUCUUGUAGUAAUGAGGAUGUUGAAGAAGAGACACAUCAAAAGGAAGGAGUUAAUGAGGAAAAUGAAUAUAAUGAGGAAACAUAAAUUUCAAAAGCAGCCUUCCCCAGGCUGCAGUGAAGGGAAUGGAGAUGAGCUAGAGAUGCUCAGGAGAAACAACAGCAGUUUGGCCAAGGCUCUCUCUGAUCAGAAGAUAGAAACUAACAAUUGGUACACAGAGGCCAUCACACUAAGGGGUGAGCUGCUUGAGUUACGAGAGAAGCAGGCAAGAGAGCCUGUCAUCAUGAAUGUUGAAAAUGUGUUUGGUGAAAUAGAGAAGCAAGUUAAGGAAUACUAUGAGUCCAUAGAGGUAGACUUCAAUUCAGCUCUGGACAGACUUGUGAAGGUAGUAGAGAAGUUAACCAAGGUAAAGCAGCUGGUGCUCGGCAGCCGAACCACUCUACAGAACUCUACUCAUGAAAUAUCUAACAUCUUUCCUCGCACGUCAGGGUCAAGAGUCACUCUGAGUUCCAGUGGAGUCAACACCGCUCCUCGUCAAAGAGCAGUUCCACCGAUGGUUGGAGGCCAUGUCCUGCAGCCUGUCAUGGUUCCUCUUGCCAAAUUAAAAAUUGAUUGGAAUGAUAGGAAAAGGAACCACUUUCUUGUUGGUGAAGGCAAUGAGCAUAACAUGUCAACCAUUGGAGAGCAGUCAUCACCUGAAAACAAUGAAGUGAGUGAGGAGCAGCAAUCUUUGGAUGCUGAAGAUGACCAAGCUCAGCAUGAUGUAUCAGCUGUCACUGAUAACAACACACCUGAACCUCAGUCUGAGCACGAUCAUCUUGAUACAAGUACCGAGGCCAGGCUUAGUGAGGACCAGCCUAGUAGAUACAAUCUAAGAGAUAAAACACCCUCACCACUUGAACAGACACCAAGCCCAUUAGAAAUACAAGUCAGCAAUAGAGGACAGAGACCAUCAAGAAGAAGAAGGGGAAGAGGGUCAAGAAGAGGGCGAGGCUUCAGUUCCAGACUUUCAAAGACCCUUGCUGCUGAAAGCCCAAGACAGUCGACAGAAGGGAAGAAUGAUCAAACAUCCAUACUUGAUGAUCCACUGGAGGGACCAAGCUGGCUGCUUGAUGUUGGAAGGUCAAGUUUCUACUCCCGUAGCCGAGGAAGAAAAACACAUAGGCAUAAACGUGGUAGGCCAUCUCGUGUUGUUCCCUUGGACUCAUCAGAUGAGGAAAGUGAUGGAGUUGUGGUUUCACCAAUGCUCAGAAAUGGUGGCCUUCAGAGAUCCAGGUCCAGGAGGAAACUUCCUUCUCUAGCCACUACACCUACAGAUAGUCCACCACUUUCACUUGAUCACAGCUGCCUUCAUUCACCCUCCUCCUUGCGGGCCAGGCUAGAGACUGUAGAUGGUGCAGUUGGACGUAGGAGUAAAAGGCACUUAAAAAGAAAAUUUGAAAAUUCAGAAGACUGGGAGAUUGUCAGUUUACAGCAGGAUGAACAAAUUGAUCAAGGAACUAUACCAAACACACAAAGUCCUGUGCCUGAGGUUGGUACUCCUAAAAAGAUGGUAACAAAAGUGGAUUCAAUCACAGAUGAGAACAAUUGGCAGUCUUGCAACACUUCAUCAGCAUUGAUUUCUGAAAGUACAGUGGCUCUUUGGGAAGAGGCUAACACAACCUGUAAAAUUGUUACUAAUAUGGAUGUAACCAUGCCAGUCUCAGAUUUAAUCAUUCAAGAAAAUCCACUAGUAAUUCAUGACAGUCCACCAGUAACUCAUGAGGAUCCACUUGUAAUUCAAGAGAAUCUAGCUGUGGUUCAAGAGAAUCCACAGACAUGUAUAGAAAAAGACAUAGAUGGUUUACAAGAUGAAUUGAAAGUUACUCAAUCAAAAAAGAAAUUCUUCAAAACUAGAGAAAUGGAAUUGUCAGAGGAAAUCCUAGUACAAUGUGAGAAAACCCCAUUUGAUCUUUCAAUGAUGAAUGAUACAGUGGUUGAUAUACCACCAUUUUCAUCAACUAGGACGACGGAGAAAGAAAACUUACCACCUUUGUCAGCCAAGUCUAAUAAUGAAUAUGCAAGUCUAUGUAAUGUGUCUGUUGUUCUUGAAGAUGUUAUGAAACAACCUCAGUAUUCAAAGACACCGAAGGAAUUGAUUCAGUCAUGGAAAGGGAGUCAAUCAGCCAAGUGUAUUUCUUCUCAAACCCCUAGAAAUUUGAGAAGUGUAAGUAGAAGAACACUGCAAUAUACUGUAAACUGUGAAGAUAAUGAAGAGAUAGAAAAACCAAAGAGAACAAGGAAGACAAGAAAGAAAAGUGAAUUUAGUUCAAGCCUAGAUAAUGGUAACAUGAGAACAAGUUCAACAAAGACACUCAUUGAUGAUGAAGUCAUUGUCCAGGAAUUAGAAGACAAAAUGUCAGAUAUUUGCCAGCAGGAGCAGCCUUCUGAGGAAAUAGACGGUCUUCGAAGACAUGAUGAAGAGGUAGAGCCAGCAUCGUGUGUAAGCCCAGACGUUCAACAGGAUGCUGAAACAGGGAUAAACACUGAUCUUAUUGAAAAAGAGAAGUGUGAAGGAAAUACUCAAACUGGAAUACAGAAAGAUGAUUCUGAUGAUGAUUGUAUUAUGUUAGACAGUUGUUCUGAUGAGGAACUGAUUCAAGGUCAGGGCACAUGCCAAGAACAGAUCAAUAGUGUGUGCCCCAUUACUUUUGUUAGUCCAAAUAUUGGGUUUGAAGGCUUUCACAGUUCGGAAACAUUAAAUAAUUGCCGGAAGAUUCCAUACCAGAUGAAGUCAUUCUUUGAUAAGUCAGGGAAAGGAAGUCCAUUUCAUGAUAAUGUUGAAGCCCAGGAUUCUUCAGACAACAAAAGCAAUGCAGAAAUUUUAUCAGGUGACUGUGGUAGAAGAAGGAGAGCUGCUCUCAAGAUUACAUCAUUCAAAGAAGCUAACCUCAAUAGAAAAAUGCGACGAGGAGAGAAUAAUGUAGUCGUUGUAGGAGAUUCAAAGAGGGGCAGAGGCAGGAGUGCAAGCAGAGGAAGUAUAGUGAAAAGGCAGAGAAAAGGAAGAAGCACUGCAGCAGACAAGGCUAUUGAGGGUGAAGAAUCCUCAUGAAUGAGAUAAUUGUCUUCAUCAUAACGUCUUGUUGAUUUUACGUACUUUAUAGAGGCCUCAUGCUUUAAUGACGUGCUCUCAUUAUCCUAUGUAAAAAGAUAAACUGUAUAGGUAAUACUAGUAGCACAUAAUCUUUUGAUAGAAUAGUAAUGAUGGAUUUAUAUUGGGCUGCAAAUUUAGAGUGGCAUAUUUGUGUACUUUUAUAAGAGAUAGCAGCACUAAAUGUAAAUAAAAUAAUAUUGGAGGUACAUAUGUUAGGAUAGUGUAAUUUUUCUUUAGUAUUCCCAAUGCUCAGUUGUAAACUAUAUCAGUUAUGGUUAAGAUAUCAAUUGUUUAAAACAUUUAGGGGAUUUCUUUAUGAUGAUAAUAAAAAGUUGCACAAAAAAUGAGAAUGGCCUUGGUUGAGUGAGAGUAGGAGAUUUUCCCUCAGCAUCACAAGGCAUGACAUCGCUGAGAAGGAAAUCAGUUCUUUACUUGCAUUAUUACUUUGUACAAGGAAAAUAGUACACAUGGUAUAUGGUAUUUAUUGAAUCAUUUAUAUUGUUUUUUUUAAUUAGAUCUUGUACAUAUUUCUGAAGGUUUUAACAAAACAAAUGCUACAAUAGGUAUGACUUAUCUAUUUUUGUGAAGGUUUAUGCAGGUUUUAUCACUAGACCCCAAGAGUAUUUUUCUCAUUCUCUUCAUCAUGGUAAUUUCCUUUUCUUUUCUUUUCUUUAUACAUCUCAUUCCAUUCAAUAUUAUCCUUUGUUUAUAAUAAAUAAUUCAACUUUAUUUAUUUUGUAACCCUUAGAAAUGUUUACAAACCAUGCAGUUUUAAGUUAGCAUGUAAGGAUAGAACUUAUGAAAUAGAUGCAAGCAAAUCAUAAUUUACAAAUGAGUAAAAUUGACCCUUAUA